CAGAAAGGUCUGGGCGCUGGGAGCUUUCUGCUGGGCAGAGAGCGGCCAGAAAGCUGAGGCUGCCGUGCCUGCCCGUUCCUUAACCUCGGCUGCUGAUGGAGCCUGGCUGAGCCUUCGACAAAGAUGAUCCGGACUGGGUUUAUGGCACUUUCUGAGACUCGCCGCCGGGACAUCCCCAUCCCGAAACAACCAGCUGGCUGCACGCCUUUACCUUAUCCAGAUAUGGAAGAAAGAUAAAGAGGCCACCACUGCAUUCAGACGUUGAGCAGCAGCCGGCCACCUGUCUGGCUUUCUGUGGACUUCCCAGUUGGCUGGAACGCAAGCCAGAGAGAAGGAAUGAAACUUCGGGCAGGGGGAAUACAGGUGAUGGCUUCAGACAGAUCGACUGUAAUCAGCCAAGUGCAGGAGAGCCACAUUUUCUUCAUUCCUCAGGCAGGCUUAGAAGAUGCCAGUGUCACCUUUGACUGUCGCUGAGGCAGCCCAGAACGCUGAACCCAAGUCUCCAAAGGUUUAAGAACUAUUUGUCUACCAACUUACUAGACACAAACAUGAAUAACUCAACGAAUGUAACCUCUUUGGAGGACGUGAUGGCUCUUGGAAGUCCUUAUAAAACUGUUGAGGUAGUCUUCAUCGUCAUAGUGGCUGGAUCCCUCAGCUUAGUGACCAUCAUUGGGAACAUCCUGGUUAUGGUGUCCAUUAAAGUCAACCGGCACCUGCAGACAGUCAACAAUUAUUUUCUUUUCAGUUUGGCAUGUGCUGAUUUGAUCAUUGGUGUCUUUUCCAUGAAUCUGUACACUCUUUACACUGUGAUUGGCUACUGGCCUUUGGGACCGGUAGUUUGUGACUUGUGGCUGGCUCUUGACUACGUAGUCAGCAAUGCCUCCGUCAUGAACCUUCUCAUUAUCAGCUUUGACAGAUAUUUUUGUGUCACCAAGCCUCUGUCAUACCCUGUCAAGCGGACCACUAAGAUGGCAGGAAUGAUGAUUGCUGCAGCAUGGGUGCUUUCUUUCAUCUUGUGGGCACCUGCAAUUCUCUUUUGGCAGUUCAUUGUAGGGGAAAGGACUGUUCCUGAUGGGGAAUGCUACAUCCAGUUCUUGUCCAAUGCAGCUGUCACCUUUGGCACUGCCAUUGCAGCUUUCUAUCUACCAGUUAUCAUUAUGACUGUUCUCUACUGGCAAAUAUCCCGGGCUAGUAAGAGCAGGAUUAAAAAAGACAAAAAAGUGGGUGGACAAAACCAGGAACCAGUGUCUCCCAGUUUGGUCCAAAGUAAAAUAGUGAAACCAAACAAUAACAACAUCCCACCAACUGAAGAUGGGAUAGAGCAUAGCAAAAUUCAGAACGGUAAAGCCACUGUGGAAUCAGUUGUGGAAAAUUGUGUUACUACAGAGGAGAAGGAGAGCUCAAAUGACUCCACCUCUGUUAGUGCUGUAGCUUCCAACACGAAAGAGGAUGAAGCCAUCAAAGAUGACACCAGGGCUUCCAUCUCCCAAGCCAACUCCAAAGUGGAGAACUCCAAACUGAAGUGCAUCAGGAUAUUCACCAAGUCCCCCAAAGAUGAUUGUGAUAGCUCUGCCAAUACCACCGUGGAACUUGUUGGAAGUGAUGGCCAGAAUGGAGAUGAGAAGCAGAAAAUUGUUGCCCGGAAGAUUGUCAAGAUGACUAAGCAGCCGGCCAAAAAGAAAGCACCUCCUUCCAGAGAGAAAAAAGUGACCAGAACUAUCUUGGCUAUUCUCCUGGCCUUCAUCAUUACCUGGACACCAUAUAAUGUCAUGGUACUCAUCAACAGCUUCUGUGCAUCGUGUAUCCCCAACACAGUAUGGACAAUUGGUUACUGGCUGUGCUAUAUCAACAGCACCAUCAAUCCUGCUUGCUAUGCGCUCUGCAAUGCUACCUUUAAGAAAACCUUUAAGCACCUCCUUAUGUGUCAUUACAAGAACAUAGGAGCCACAAGGUGAAAAAACCAAAAUAAGGGGGAAGGAGGUUCCAAGUAUGUUAAAACAAUGCCAUAGCACUUUAUGCUCUAGUGUGACAUCAAGAGGCAUAAAGGAGAUGCUGAUCAAGAGUAUGCACUUCAUCUCCAACACCUGCACUUAACAGUUCACAAGUCAUCAGGAGGCUGGAAAGGGCUGAUCAGCCACUUGAAGACAGGUCCUCGAGGCAACAUUCCCUGCUCUCCAAAUAGUAUCAUUCAGAAGGGCUUUUGACUCCAUUGUUCUUGGGGCACAAUCCCUGGGAAGUUCUCUUGUGUAAGCGGGAAAUGGGAGAGCACAAGAUCAUUGAUCAAUGAGGCUUGCACAGGAGAACUUGGCAAGCGCUGUGGCCUUAGUCAAUUUUUUGGUAUAACUGUGGCCAGUUUGUCUGUGUGUGUCCAGUCAUUCAAAUAACCUAUGCGGAAAGUGUAAAUGGUAGGAAAAGGAAGACACAGAGCUAGCCAGUUGGGUUGAUUGUUUCUAUGAUUUGAUGCUGAGGAGCCUACUGUUUAUCUUUGCCUUGCUCGUGUCUGUUCCAAUCUGCAUUUAAAAAGUAGUACUGUACCUCAUACUGGGCCGAAGCAGCCAAACUUUUAAGCAAUUUUUUUGGGGCAAGGUGUCAACAUUAUCCAUUUGAAAUGUUUGGGACUUUAUUGUGCCAGAAUUUGACUGGAUUGCACUCAUUCAUAAUCAGUGAUAAUUUUAAGUGAUUUGCCGUGGUCAUCUGUUCUUCCUUUUUGUCGAGGUCAAGCUUUGCACAGCACUUAUGGCCAGCUCAGUCAACUAAAGAUAUUGUUUGGUACACCAAAAAGGGUUAUCCUUGGAACCCAGAGUUUUGGAGAAGUUAAAACUGACUUGUAACUCUUACUAUACCAGUUAAUAAAUGUGUGUGGGGUACAUAUCUGCAACAGCAGUCAAAAUUCUGGCAUUGCAUGGAUAUUCUAGAGCAAUGAUUAUGCAGAAACUUAUGAUUAAGGUAUUGCUUUGGUUAUAUAUCCCCUGUGCUAUUAUAUCAAGCCCUGUCAUAGGGCUUUCAGGUUGCAUCCUAGAAAUUCCUUUUGUAUGCCUGGUGGUAAAUUUGGUAGCCUGAAGUCUGGGGUCCAAUUCAAAUGAGUCUAGUGAAUAUCUCUGACCACACACUCAUUUUAGAAUUGGACACACCUCCCGCCAUGUUUGCUCUCAGCAAUAAGUACAUCCUGAGUGUGUCAACUUCAGAUUAAUAAAUGGUCUCUGUUGAGUUUUAUUUGUGCUAGUAAUUAUCCUUGUAUAGAUUUUCUCUUUUUGCACAUGAAGAAAGACUUCUCAGUGGUGUUCUCAUGUGUGAUCCAAAAUUUCAACCGCUUGUGACAAAUGACUCUAUUACGUGUCUCAGGUCUCAACUACGCAUAAUGCUGGAAGUCCUGUAACUGAAGUUCACAGAAUUGUUUUCUUGAAAAAUCAGGCAUCUGGGAGAACUUGAACUAGGACCACAGUGUGAGGGCUUUAAGCCCCACACUUUGUUUUUUUGACCUGAAGCAGCCCUCAAAAGCUGCCAUGUAUGUGUUUUAAUGGGCUAGCUCCGUAGGACUGUUUCAAGUUGCAUGUUUCAAGUUUGAUGGGCUAGCUCUGUAGGACUGUUUCAAGUUGCAAAAACAGCACUGGGGAUAGGCUUAAAUCCCUCCCCUUCCACACGCAACUGCAGCCCCAGUCUCAACCAAGCCCUUCCAUGACUGAUUUUUCAAGUGAAAUAAAAGGUGGGGUAGAGGGAGAAAAUUGAAAUUUCCAGUCAUAGCAUUCCAAGUAUCAUGCGUUGUCGAGCUCUGGCUUCACAUAUCAACAUUCAAGAAUGUUUUGAAUUUGAGAUUUAGGGAAGCAAAAUCAAACAAGCUUCUACAACCUAAUCUUCACUGAGAUAGUAAGCAGUCCCAUUUCAAACUGGAGGAGAGGGUUCACAGAGCAGAAUGCUUCAUCCACCAGUUCCACUCCCAGAGAAAACAGGCAGGAUGUGCUUAAGGGACAGAACCCUCUUCCUGGAGCAUUCUAGCUUGUAAUGUUCUAAGCUUGCAAUGUUCUAGCUAUAUGUUUUUAACAGUGGAGGGGCAUUCAAUCUGGUGAGCCCCCAUGUGCACUCCACUCAGGCAUGGGUUUGCCCCUGUAGGGAGAAAUGAGUGACUAAAUUGCGCUGGACUAAGAUUUGAUUCAGGCCAGAGAAAAUGAAGCACAGAAUUCCAUAUAUGUUGGAUGCAUUCAGAGAUCAAAUUCUGCAUUAAACUAGGAUGAAUUAAUUUCCCAAACACUCAGCAGUGGCUAAGAUUUCUUACCCAGAGACUGUAUUAUGCCCAAAACAUCAUAUCAAAUCAUUAACAGUGCAAUCUUAAGCAGAGUUGCACCCUUCUAUAUCCAUUGGUGUCAAUAGACUUAGAAAUUUGUAAUUCUGUUUAGGAUUGCACUGUCCAAUUUAUGGGCUUAAAUUAUUGCUCAUUGGAAUCAUGGUCUAUUUAAUACAUAUAAAGUUAUCCCUUCCACAUCACAGGGGUUAGGGCCGUGACCCCCCUCCCCGAUCUGAAAAUCCACGUUAAAAAAUUUGGCCCUCCCUUCAUAUCAGAGAAGAAGUCUCAAUAUUAAUGGUAUUAAAAAUAAACUAAGCUGAUAUUAUACAAUACUACACAUACUUUUUAUGCAUUUCUGAGUUUCUAAACUUUCUCUGUGUCAUCUGCUGACCUUCACUUGUUAUCUGCAGAUUCCAUAAAAACUCACCCCAAAUUCCCAUUUACUUUCUUAUGCCAACCUGUGUUAUAUCAAAACCGCAGUGGGGAAAGUCUUGUUGUGGAAGGGAUAACUGCAAAUGUGUAAACUAGUCAGGGAAUUCAUGGGCAAUGUUGCACAGAUUCAUUUGGUAUGAAUCUGGGUGUCUCCUCCAAUUUAUGGACUUAAAUUAUUGCUCAUUUGAACCAUUGUCUAGUAUCCUUUAAUGUCUAUAGAAUUGCUACUGAUCACCUCCAAACAUUUCCUGGGGAUUCAAGAAGUCCCAUUAAAUGCAGUGGAUCUUACUUCUGAGUAACCAUGCCUAGGGAUGAUGCAAUAAGAACAUAAUCCACAGACAAUUAGAUACAAGCAGAACAUAAACAGAACAUGGAAUCAGUGCACCCUUUGUUACGCUGCACCAUUUUAGAGUUUGACUGCAUAUCAGGAAAAAAGGCUGCAUAGGAUAUCAUUUCUUCAGACAUUUAACUAUUAUAAAAAACAAAGAAGAAUUCAACAUGCUAUCCCCUUCACCUGCAGUCUGCAUUCUCACCAAUAGAUACUUCAGUUGCCUACCAAUAGCAAAUACUCAAGCAAAUACUCUGAUGAUCUAUAGCUGCUUUUACUCCCUUUAGAAUUAAUAGCACUUAAGCACUUAACUACUUAAGGGUUCGUUGAUUUAAAUGAAAUUGAAGCAUGCUUAACUUCGUCCAGAUUUCAGGCUGGGGAUUUUGCUCAGCCACGAUCCAGAAACAACGUGCACACUUAUGAAGUUCACAAAGAGUUUCAAUAUUUACAUUCCAUCCUUCUACUCCUCUUAAUGUUAAUUGCUAUUUGGUUAAAUGACCGACUCCCCCUUUUUCCCUAUUGUAUUACAGCAAUCCUGUUGGCUUCAGUUGUAUUACAUGUCAGGCCUAUUUGGUUUCAUGUUUAUUCAUUCAAGUUCUAAUUAGGGGCACAGUUUUGAUAUAUACUUAGUGAGAAGGAAGUCCCAUUGAACUCAGAUGGUCUUGCAUCUGAGAAAGCUUGACGGGCUGCAAAACUUCCUUUAAAAACCAUCGUAACUUGUUCUUCCUCUUUGUUCUGGCCAAUGAAAGAAAGCUAAGAAAAACUCAUUUUAGUCCUUAUCUUGUUUUAUGGUUGAUCUCUUUUCCCCUGAACUACUUUUUAAAUUAUUAUUAUUAUACACAUAACAACACAGCACAAGUAUCUGGAAUUCAUCUCUGAAUAUCGAG